AUGUCAUCUUCAUCAUGGCCCUGGCAUUUUAUCACCGUCUCCGGAGAUGAUAAGAUUCGCCGUCGCGAACUACUCGACAUACGUGGCUCGUACGCGCAAUGGUCUGUGAUCAUCGUCAUGUCUGUGCUACGGGUCUAUCAAGCAUGGGUCACGCAUUCUGCAGCCUCUGCGAAUGGUACUGCUUCAUCAAGGCCACGCCGAGGUCCUGCAUCCUGGUGGGAUCGUCCUUUGGUGACAGGCUGGAUCGAGACUCGGAGACAAUACUUCGUAUGCGGCCUGUGGUUGCUGUGGUUAACUGGUCUUUCAAUCUGGAAUAGUGGCGAAGAUUACCUCCAUCUCACCAAAGCCCUUGCCCACGUCGCACUCUCCCAGGUCCCGCUGCAAAUCUUAAUGUCCCCAGCAGCGUACAUCUCCACUUCAAAACCAUCUGCAUCUUCAAUCUUCUCGUAUCUCACUUCCAUCCCCCAAGCAACAGUCACCCCUUACCACCGUCUCUUCGGGCGGGCGGUGAUCUCACCUUUACUCUUCGCACACGCAACUCUUUACCUACUCUUCUUCGUCCAAUCCGAGCAUCCGGACUUCGGCAUUUUGCUCUUCAAGCGCGUCCGUGACUUUGAUGUGCAAUGUGGUCUGCUCGCAGUUAGCAUGACGAUUCUCCUACUGCUUUUCGCGCGACCUCGUGGUGUCGCAUCGAAGGGUGCUCUCGGGGCGGGCUCCAUGCAGGAACGCAGACGCCUAUUCUAUUAUGUCCAUGUCUUUUUGGUAGUUGUCUUAUGUGCUGCGGCGUAUUGUCAUGUGGCCCAGGCGCAGAAGUAUAUGAUUCAAGCGCUGGGUGCUUCUCUGCUGAAUGGGGUGUGUUCUUUCCUGUUGGUUCGAUGGGGAGGAAGGUCUUGA